CCAAAUCCCUGUGGUGAAGAAUCAUCAUCCACCACCUUUUAGUUCGGGCACUACUGUAGAAUCAUUAGUGAUUUUUUAUGUAGGCGACAUGGAAAACGUGCAGUGCCCUCUCCGGGACUCAAACCUAGGCCUCUCGAAUACACGCAGGGUGUGCUACCAUUAAACUGCAAAGGCGUGCAGGAAGGAGGGAGAAGAUACCUUAUAGCUCUUUAGCAGUGUGAAGCUGUUGCAUUCUUUUUUACACUUUCAUUUGAAAUUUUGGUGUUUUAUUUGCUUUCUGAAAUAUAUAAGCUUAAUGUGAUAUUUUUUCUUUACUUUACAUAGUUUAUUUCAUAACUUUUCAAUUCUUGUGUUAUUUUCACUGUAUUUAGAAAGUUAUAUCUUUGUAUCCUUUUAUCUUAAAUUCAUCAUAAAUAGCUUUGUAAAAGUUCAAAUUUUUUGUUGAUUUCUCUCAAGAUAUUUAUCCCAACCAUCUUUACUCUUUUCGCUGCUUUUAUAUUCUGUGGAGAAUGUAUUAACUUCUAACAAGAACCGUUGGAUACAACCUCUGGCUCUAACUUGGGAGGAAAAAGCAGCUGAUGUUGUUGAAGAUAACAAUAAAAGCCUCUCCAAACAAGGCAUCUGUGCUUUCUAUGAUGGGCUAAUUGAGAAUGCACAUCUUAGUGCUCUUGAAGCAAACUACCAGCGUUUUGCAAGACCUGAUCUUAGUCAGAGUCAAGAAAUCACACUGUGCAUUACGCGUGCUGCGCUUCUAGAAGAUUCACUAAAAUUUGAGACAGCUGCGUCAUCCUUAGAAACAUCCAUUCUGUUGGAUUUGGCUAAAGCUUGCAUCUCGGAGGACAUUGUUUUUAGCUUGUGUAUUCUAUUGUGUUUGAAAAAGCCAGAAGAUGCUGAAACGCUGUUCAAAAAACUUCCCAGUGUACCAUUAGCUUUGCAGUUUGCUAGUUUGUAUUAUGCUAUAAGAAUUUACAGAGAUAUGGGAUUGACACCAUUUGCUGAAGAUAAUAUUUUGGAAACUGACCCUGCUGCCAUCAUAAGGAAGGUUUUAGAUAUGAAGAAUUCUAAAACUGCUUCAGAAGUAAAUAAAAAGUCUUGGGAUCUUCUUGAAAAAUACAAUAAAUUGUUGUAUGAUUUUAUUCAAGCUGAAAUUUUGCACAGUAUUGGUGGAGGCGUAGAUGCCACACGAUUCACUAAAGAUGAUGUGUACAAAAAAGAUACUAUUCUGGGCAUCUCAAUGACACUAGAUGAUAAUGUUUUCCAUACUGCAGUGUCUUUAACUCAUCAUUACAAUAUAGCACUUUGGGAUUUAUACAUGACUCAUCUGGAAUAUUUGUUUUCGGAAAUGAGUGUAUCUGCAUCUGCCAUUACUGAGCGAAUCCAGAAGCUUAAGCUCAAAGAGAAACUUUUAGAACAUAAGAAAUCUUUUGAAUCCAGACUAAGGAACUGUGUAUAUCCAAAUAUUGAUGGCAGAGACCAUGAUAAAUUACAUCUGUAUUUUUCAUUGCUUGAAGACUGUGGAGAUCAUGAAGAUGAUAUGAAAUUAAAGCCAAGUCUUCAUAAAAAAUUGCUCAAUAAAUUAACAGGAGCCAUGAAAGGUAUUGAUUACAAGAUGGUGAUGUCCCCAGAAUCUUCUUGUAUAUAUCUUACUUCAAUCAUUAACGAAUCUAAUGUGCAUGUGUUUGCCAAAGUAGCCUCCAGUAUACCUAAAGAA